AUGCUUUCCCCUUAUAUAGCCGCGGCGGGGCUGCUGGCGUUCGCCCGGUGUAUCCACUGCUCGGCCGACGUCGUCCAGGAGAAGCUGAGCGUUCAGCCGCUGCAAGAUGGCUCCUUCCUGCUCGCGCUGGACGUUUCGGUUGCCACGCCGCGCUUCGUGCCGUUUCCCGAGCUCAUGGCGUACCCGGGUGUGUUGAUGGACGUGCUGGCGCCGGACUUUGCGAAGAUAUUCGUGAAAAGUCGCGUCAACAACUUCGAGUUCACGCACCAUCUCGGCGACUGGCACUCGACUUGGGGGUGUUCCAAGUUCCCGGUCUUCAACACCGGCGAGACUCUCUGGGCAACAUGGCCGCACACCUAUUCCCCGGUGGAGGUCUACGACUACUUCGAGACCCUGGCAAUGGGACUCUGGGGCAUAACUGGAGCCCAGCUGCAUGUGUUGACCUCGCGGCAGUCGUUCAUUUUCGACAUGAAUCGCAUUGUUACCCUGGAGGAGCCCACAAGGUCGACGCCCAAAGCCAAGAGCCUGCUUUCGUCUUUUGCUGAUGACGUGUUUUGCGUGGACAACCUGUACAAGUGGCGCACUGCGUUGCCGUCGUUGGGGCAGGAUGGGCUGCUGUCGCUGAUUAACGACGAGCGCGUCUGGUCGCGGUCGCCUUACAAGGGGGUUAGGAUGCGCAUGUCAAAAACGAGGGAGCACCUGGCCCUGGCAGUGCAGUUCCAGCUGGUGGUCGGUCGCAAGUCGUUUAGUAAGGGGCUGUGGAAUAUUUAUCGCGGUGCUACGGCCCCUCGUAAACUAUUGGACGCCACCACUAGUGCAGUAGAGAUUCUGCUGCCGGAGACGUUGCGCGAAGCUUUCGGAGGUGCAGACCGACUUGUGUAUGAUUGCCUUGACGAUGAACAACGUUCUGAGAUUGACGAGUCAUUCGGCAAACUUCUAUCGGCGACUCAGGGAGGUUACAAGCAUUCUUGCACCCCGCCGUUGAGCCUCAAGGUCUACGAGCUGGAGAGCACUACGCUCAAUGUACAGAGGCGAGUGCAGUCUUCGCUGUCGAUAAUCAUCGAGAACAACAAUCCCGAUGCCAAGUACAUCAAAUUCAUACAGCCGUUGCCUUACUGGCUGGUACCUCAGAUAUCCAGUCUCACAUUCGAGGUAUCGCAGCGGCAUGAGUCAGGUGAUCCUAGCAUGCUGCAGUUCUCCUGCAAAGGUGGCGAAUGUUUCAAGCGCACGGUUUCCCGUCAGCACAACAUGGAAGGCUACGCGAUGAUGAAAAGUCAGACGGAGGCUAUUCGCGACAUAGUUCAUGCCCGUAAGGUACAGGUGCCCGAACCGCCCAGCAGUUGGGGUGGGGUUGCUAGGGACUUUGCUAGACAGUACGACGCAGAUCUCGACGGUGACAUGAAGGAGCCGUUGUUUGUGUUCGAGCGCUCCGAAUACUGGACGGAGUUCGGGUUUUCUGUACUUCUACCGGCUGAGUCGCGAAUAGCGUGCCGCGUCGACCUGCAGAAGAACCAGAUGCGCUUUUCGGAAAUCGACUACUCGAUGCACCGGGGACAGCUGAUACACUCAGCCGUGGUGUUGGAGACUUCAAAGGCUGCAGUCGAGGACAUAUCGCAACCGGACGCGCAGCUGCACUACCCCGGAGCAUUCUUCUCCCACGUGGUACUGCCGGACAACACGAUGUCCUUCAACGUGAUGGGCGGUGUUGGCGUCAUCAUUGGAUUGCUGUUCAGCGUGGUGUUCCACCUGGGCACCAACAGGCCGCCUCAGGAGACUAAGGUGACACCCUCGAAGAAAAAGGAUUAA